AUGGACCACUUUAAGUUUCAGAGCUUUCUGGCAACUAUGAAGAAAUCUCCUGUGCACCCAAAGUAUGACAUGGAACAUGAAGGCAAUGGAUUUGAUCCUCAGGCUGACUUUUAUCAGUUUCUGGAAGAAGCAAAACACUAUGCAGUAGAGGCAGACUUCCAGAAAUCAUCAGGCUAUCCAGAAGAAGGUGGAGAAAGAAGAUUGGCCCAAGAGAAGAAGAAGAAAUCAUGGAAAAAGUUUCUAUUUCCAUGGUUGAAAGGAGAUAAAAUGAACAAAACUAGCAUACAACCAGAAACCAUAUCUCAUGCUUCUAAUACAAGGCGGACAAAUGUUUCUGGUCCAGUGUAUGGCACCGGCAAGGUUACUGAUGGUAGGCUCCGGCGUCCGACAUCUGGGCCUAUCGCCAGUCUUUUCAACCCCACAAAGAGAUCAGGCAAUGCAAUACCCUAUGUGUGUCUUGACAACAAUGGCAGCCCUCAAGUUGUUAAAACCUAUGGGCCUGUUUAUCUGGUGACAUAG